UUCUUCCCACAGGACCGCCUAAGAACCGGUUGGACAGCGUUUUGAGUCAAGUCACCUCAAUGAAGAAAUGGAGAACUAGUUUUACAAAAGCGAGACAGAGGGAGAGUGAAAGAGACGACGAGUGAAAAAAACAAAACAAGCGACAUCUCCGGGUACCAAGUCCACGCGGCGCCUGUCAGCGUUUGAUGUCAACGUUUGACAGUUUCUCUUUUCUCUGCCGCUUUGACGGUUUUCCCGGACUUUCAAACACUCCGUAAAGUUUUUCUUUUGAUGAAAAGACAAGUUGGUGUAGACUCUGGUGUCAGGUCGGUGUCCCAGUUUAGAGGCAGGCUGUCCCGGGACAGGCGAACACAUCUGUAAUAACAGAUAACACUGUGACAGCGACGCAGACCGACACAAGCCCGGGGGGAGGAGGACUGUGCGACUCACCAUGCCUGUGCGACAGAAAGAUGCUCAGCGAGCCCUGGAGCUUCUCCAGCAGUACCGGGUCAAACUUGACCAGAGACAGCAGAAUCAGUGCCUGACCAAACAAGGCCCUGUGGAGGAAGACCACCAGCUCCAGCAGUCUCUGGACAGAGUCAUCAAUGUUUUCCAAAGUCAGCUCUUUAGUGCUCUGCUUGACAUUCAGGAGUACUACGAGUUGACCAUCCUUUCAGACAGCAAGUGCUCUGUGGACCAGACAGAAGGUCCAGGGGACCAGACACACCAUCCAGGGAACCUCCCUGCCUCUUGUAACUUGCCAACAGAGCCCUCAAUUCAGCCACAGCCCUCCUCUUGUCCCCUGAGCCCCCAAGCUUCUGGAGGAUCGUUUAAGCCAAAGCCUCUGACACCCAAACCCAAGUCAAUCAAAUCCCCUGCCCCUCCAAUCCCAUCUGGAACACCUACAACAAAGCCGUCUUCCCCAACUACACAGUCCAUUACACGGUCACAGUCAGCCAAGGUCAAGUACCGUGCUCCUCUCCCUCCGGUCCAGCUGGGACCCUCCGAAUCAUUGGCAUCAGAGACUCCUAAGCCGUCUUCUCCUUUUGUUGCCACAUCCCCUAGAGCCACAGAGAGCAAAAUAGAAACCCCCACUGACUCCAUAAGAAGUGGAGUAUCACUGAAUGGAACAAAGGCACAUCUCACUGCCACCAACCCUGAUCUUUCUUCAGAAACCACCCAUCCACAAAGUUGUUCUGUCUCUCCAGACCUCAACUUGGUGACUGUCUCAGCCCUCAUCUCCAGCACCAUCCAAGGCCUUGUGUCUCCAGCCACUCCAGACAAACUUACCCCUACAAGCAGUAUUCCUAGCACUCACCCUGGUCUCAACAGAGUCACUGGCAAUACUAUAAUCACUACAGCUCUUGAGACCAGCAAGGACCCAGGCAUAGGCAAAGUCACUGCCGGCACGAGUCCAACUAGCCCCAACCAGGGAAGAUUUACCUUCAGCAUCCGCAGCCCUAAAGUUCCUCCAGGAGCUUUGACGAAAGGACCUCAUCUGAGUCCAACCAGCCCAGGGCCACCAAAAGUCAACUCCACUAGCCCUAUCCAUGGUCCCGCCAGCCCCAGGCCAGCUAACAGCCUACUGACCCCCAACAAGAAGUAUCGGUAUCAAGAAGAGGAAGGGGCGUCACCAGGUGCCCCAAAACUUCACCAACACCCCUGCCAUCAGCACCCGAUGGGAGUAGCCAGAGAGCUAAGAGACGGAGGGACCCUGGGGAGGGAGGGCAGGGAGGAGAGAGAGGGGGGGACCUGGAGGAGAGAGGGAGGGGGAGCCGGGACCAUGGAAAGAGAAAGGGAACGAUCACUUGGGAGGGACGGAUCUCUCAGCCGCCGCGGUGACCUGCGGGGUGCGGAGCUGGUUCAGGUGGCGGAGCGGCAGUUAUCUCAGAUUCAACACGUUCACGGAUACGUUACUCACACACACAUCACGCCUGCACAGGUAGAAUCUCCUGAGGUUCCCUUUGAUGACGAGGCAUGGCCUCACCCAGAGGGAGAGAGGCUGAACGAAGUCCCUGCCCCGCCUUUCUCUUCCCUCUAUUCACAAAGCCACGCCUACUACCAGGCCAACCCCCCUCCAGUGGUGGUCAACACCGACAGUGUCGACACCCCCCCAUAUGUCAAUGGAACAGAAGCAGACUAUGAGUAUGAGGAAAUUACACUGGAGCGGGGUAACUCAGGCCUGGGAUUCAGUAUCGCGGGAGGGACUGAUAACCCACACAUUGGUGAAGACCCCUCUAUCUUCAUCACCAAGAUUAUACCUGGAGGAGCCGCAGCCCAGAAUGGACGACUCAGAGUAAAUGACUGUAUAGUCCGGGUAAAUGAGGCAGACGUCAGGGAGGUGACCCAUAGCGGGGCUGUGGAGGCCCUGAAAGAUGCAGGGGGUCUGGUGAGACUAUGUAUACGACGCAGGAGGAGCCUCACCGAGAGAAUCAUGGAUAUCAAGCUGGUCAAAGGGCCCAAAGGUUUAGGAUUCAGUAUAGCAGGUGGAGUUGGAAACCAACAUGUCCCAGGGGACAACGGUAUCUACGUGACUAAGAUCAUCGAGGGAGGGGCUGCACACAAAGACGGACGGCUACAGAUAGGGGACAAACUUGUAGCUGUGAAUGCCUCCUGUUUGGAGGAGGUAACUCAUGAGGAGGCAGUGGCUGCCCUGAAAUCGACUCCUGACGUUGUUUACCUCCGUGUGGCCAAACACACCUCCCUUUUUAUCAAUGACAACUUCCCCCCACCCGACGUCACUAAUUCGUACUCCCCACAUCAAGACAACCAUAUAAGCCCCUACAUGAGCGGCAGCCAGUCUGUAAGCCCUGCACCACUAACAACACCCAGAUACUCACCGCUGCCAAGGGCCAUGACUGGAGACGACGACGUCACCAGGGAUCCCAGGCGGGUGGUGCUCCAGCGGGGAUCCACAGGUCUUGGUUUCAACAUUGUUGGAGGGGAAGAUGGAGAGGGAAUCUUCAUCUCCUUCAUUCUGGCUGGAGGUCCAGCUGAUCUCUGUGGGGAGCUACAAAAGGGAGACCGCAUCCUUUCGGUGAACGGUGUGGACCUGUCCAGUGCAACACAUGAGCAGGCAGCCGCAGCUCUGAAGAAUGCAGGACAGACCGUUACUAUAGUAGCACAGUACAGACCUGAGGAGUAUAGUCGUUUCGAGGCAAAGAUCCAUGACCUGAGGGAACAGAUGAUGACCAGCAGUGUCAGUUCCAGCUCUACGUCGCUCCGCUCCACACAGAAACGCACACUUUACGUCAGAGCCUUGUUCGACUACGACGGAAGUGCGUCAGAUCUGAGCACGCCUAAUCAGGCCCUGCCAUUUCAUUUUGGGGAUAUCCUCCACCUGAGCAGCGCUGGCGAAGAGGAGUGGUGGCCCGCCCGUCACCUCAGCCCCCCGCCUCCCAACUGCCCUGAAGUGGGAGUCAUCCCCAGCCGCAGGAGGGCAGAGAAGAAGGAGAGGUCGAGGUUAAAGACGGUCAGAGUGACGAGGUCUCAGGACAGAUCAGAUCAGGAUGAUAAAGAGCUGGUAACCUCUGGCACCAGCGAUAGUGAGAGUUGUUCCUCUGGCCAGGAGGAGACCUUCCUCACUUACCAACCUGUCAUGCAGCAGGAAGUUAAUUACACGCGGCCAGUCAUCGUGCUUGGACCAAUGAAAGAUCGGGUCAACGAUGACCUCAUCUCCGAGUUCCCUGACAAGUUUGGCUCCUGCGUCCCACACACAACGCGGCCACGGCGAGACUAUGAAGUGGACGGCAGAGAUUACCACUUCAUGUCCUCCAGAGAGCUCAUGGAGCAGGAGAUCCAGGAACACAAGUUCAUAGAGGCUGGACAGUAUAACAACCAUCUGUAUGGAACCAGCAUACAGUCUGUCAAAGAAGUCGCUGAAAAGGGUAAACACUGUAUACUGGAUGUAUCAGGGAAUGCUAUAAAGCGUCUCCAGAUGGCAGGCCUCCAUCCCAUCGCUGUCUUCAUUAGACCCCGCAACGUUGACAACAUCCUAGAGAUGAACAAGCGUUUCACUGAGGAGCAGGCGAGGAAGACCUUCGACAGAGCUGUCAAACUGGAGCAAGAGUUCACAGAGUUCUUCACUGCUAUAGUCCAGGGCGCAUCUCUAGAGGAAGUAUAUUCGCAGGUGAAGCAGGUCAUUGAGGAGCAGUCUGGUCCUUACAUCUGGGUGCCCACCAAGGAGCGACUCUGAAUUAACACACACACUUAACAUGAUCACACACAUUAAUCUGUCAACACACUCCUACUUCUCUACUUUUCUAUUAUCAGCCUGCUUCCUCUCUCUCUCUCUCUCUCUCUUUUACACACACAAAAACACACAUUUACACAAGCACAUAUUGUUAGACGAGGCUGGGACUAUCUUGGACUGCUAAUUCCUGAAGUGGGAGGAGCUAAAGCCUGUCCAGCAGCCUAUUGGUGGAUCUUCCUACAGCUCGAUUCCUUAAUGUUUAAGGAGGUGGUUCAAAUCAAGGCAACAUGUACCAUUAUCUGAUUUGAUUUCAUUAUUGUUGUUCUUAUUGUUGUUGUCGUUGUUGUUUUCAUAUUAACGAAGGGUAAUGCAAUCAUGUAUGGGUUUGUAAUGAUAAUAUUGUCACCAAGAGGCAGACUUUUGCACGCUGUAGCUUUAAGAGCAUGUUUUUGGGACAAAACCUUGAUCUUCUUCCGUCUGUCUGUCUUUCCUGGCAUUGGCAUUGCAACUAGCAUUGCACCAGUUUUUUUUAAAUCUUUUAUCUUUUCUAUCUUUCUCUCAUAUCCCACCUCUUCCUCCUCCCUUCUUUAGACGGUCUACUGACUUUAGAUAUGAGGUGAACACUUUACAAUGUGCCCCCAGCAUUUUGGUACUAAGGGCCAAAAAUGAAACUGCAUAGUUCAUUACUGUUUAGAGAUGUAGCAAGAAAAUAAUCAUAAGUACGAUCAUAAGACACUUGUUGAUAUUUCUUGUAAGAAGCAGAAAGGCCCAAUCAAAACUUCUCUAUAUCUAAACUAGAUUGCUUAAAAAAGAUUAGUAUCUAGUACUCUACUGCCAAUUUGUUUUUGGAGGGCCAAAACAAAAUUUAGUAAAUAGGUCUCAUAAUGGUCCUCCUCCAUUUGGAGUCCUGGGCCCGUAUUUAUUAAAUAUCUGAGAAUUAUGCUAAAGAACAGUAAGAAAAGUAAAAUUUAGGGCACAUUUAUCAAGUGUCUUACUCCUACUUGCAGCGAAGUGAGUAACCUUUAAGAGCGACAUUCAAGUAAUCAAAUCAUUAAUUACGUGUUUGCUCAGAGUAGAACCAGCCAAUCAGAGACAAGAAUUUACUGCCCUAUUCAUUAUUUUUAAAAAGCUUACAUUUCAAGGUGAUGUGUUAUUCUGCAAAAACAUAUGUAAUUGUAAUUUAUUAAAGUAAAUUGUGUUUGUGUGAAAUCCUAAACUAAAAUCUUUUUGAAAUGGCAACAAAAAGGGGUACACCAGAGAAAAGAGAUAUUGGCAAUUCAGUGCCAUUGACAUGUGUAGAUAAUGAAGAUGCAUGGAAGGAAAACAAAAGAAAUGCCAUCUUUACUCUUGCUGUUUACAACCUGAUGAAUGCUUGAAACAAAAAGAAGAAAAAGUCAUGUAAAAUCCUAUUAAAUGUUUGAAUCAAAUACACAUAAUAGGUAAAAUCUACCAUAUUCUGAAUUAAACAUAUUGUUUCAGCUAUGACCAAUAAUAUUUUGUACAGUCCCUCUAAAAGACUUAAAUGUAAGAGUAUUUUACGUCAAAAGAAAUGUCAUAAAAGCUUUAAUUUUAAGGCUGGUAGGAGUAAAAGUAAAAGUCCAACAGUGUGAUAAAUACGGCCCCAGGUCCUCAGUUUAAAAAAAAAUACUUGUAUUACCCAAAUCUUUUUCCCACAAGGGCUUCUCUUCCUCCCCUCCUCCACCUCUUCCUCCUCUCUGUCUCAUGCCAUCGUCUCUCUCCCCCUCUCCUUCUCCACAUUCACAGUGUGACAUUACUUGAGCACUCCAGCAUUAAACAGUGUAUCAUCUUCUUCAUCAACACUAUCAUCACAAUCAUAAUCAUCAGCAUCAUCAUUACAGCUUUCCUUCUUACUGUAGUUGCACUAACGAGGGGUGGUUUCUUAAAAGCAUCUUAGCGUGACAGACCUGAUACCAUCCCUUUGUUUCUGGUAUUUGGAUUUGUGAUUCACUCGCUUUUCUUUCAGUUAUCAGUGAUGAUUAUGCUGGUUUGAAAGAGUUAAAGAGGUCAGGGAACACUUUUUGGUUUUGCAGUUAACUCGUGCUGUAUAUUAUGCUAUUGUUGUGUAGUUAAAGACAUCAGAUGAACUCUUCUGUCAGGACUAACUAAUCAACUGCUAUAACUCUUUCUGCAACAUGUUUUUUCAUGUUGGAUUUUUAAGUUUGAGUCUUCAGUCCCAGAAAGCACCUGAAAACUAGCUCCAAUAACUACAAUAACGCUCCAUACUUUACUCCAUAAUACAAGCACAUGGUGGACAAUCUAAGGGUUUUAGUUUUUUCCAGUAAUGGGUUGUAUCUUCAAAGAUGAUCCCGCAAAUGUCUACAGUUUGCACAGCAUGAUAAAAUGUUUGCCUGAGGCUGAACCCAUGACUCAAUCCAACAUCUGAGUCUUUGACAUCAAACUUUGAAAUGUAGUGAAUUUCCAGAAUAACGUUUUUAUUUUGAAUCAAAGUUUCCCGCUUUAUAGGUUCUAUGACAUGCAACAUUACAGUUCAAGUAGCCUAUUGAGUCUUUGCUGCUCAUAAAUGAAAGCUAACUUGCUUCACAACAGUUGAACAUGCAUCACUAAUAUAAUAAACUUUAUUUGCACUGAAGAAAAGAAUCCUCACAAUGUUGAAUGCAGUAAAAACAACUUUUCUUCCAAACAAAAUUUUCAGCACUGCAGCUGUUUUAUUGUUCUGUUGUUUUUUUAUCAGGCCAAUUUCCAGCAGUGAUGUUGUGCUAAAUCGUUUUAGAAGCCUGAGUACUAUAGUAGUACUAUGGAGCAAUGUUUUUACAAGUGGGUCCCUGUUUUGUUUGUAUUAUGCAUGAGCACGUGGACACCCACUGGCAGCAUAAUUCACAUCUUGCUGUUGUUUUCACGCUGUACUGCUAAUCGUCAGUUUUUGGCAGGGACAGUGGUGAAUGUAAUUAUUGUUUGUUUACAAAAAAACUACAGUAUGUGGAAAUAAACCAUUUAAAUGUUGGUUUAGCCUCUGCCAAACAUUUUAUUUUUCUGGCCAGAUAGUAGACAUCUGUGGGAUAACGCAACCCUCUGCUAGGUAACAGGUAAGAAAUAACGAUUUGGUGUUUCUGUAAAAGUAAUUAUGAUCCAUAUUUUUAUAAUAGUAUAUCAAAUGACAAUGUGAAAACAAUGUGAAAGGGUUUGCUUGUAACCUAGAGAAAACAAUAAUCUGGAUUUACAGCUCCCCUCGGCUUUACAGAGAGUUUUCAGCUCUUUGUUUAGCUCUCCUGCUGCAACUUUUCUUCUGUGGUUCACUCUCACCGCUCUCAUACCGCCAUUUUUAGUGAAAAAGCUCUUAAAACCCACUUUACACUACCUGCUCAGCACCAAACGGCAGACAGACCUAGUUAGCGACUAGCUGGUGAACAUAGUGUUGCUUUUUAGGAGCCAAAUGUUUUUUUCAGGAGUUCGUAAAGACCAAAAACAGAACUAAAAGAGAGUGAAGUCACAAAUGGGGCAAACCUAAAACAUGACAAUAAUCUCAAGAAAUACCAAGAUGCUUUUGGUAACACCGCCCCUGUAUGGACCUUGUCAGCCAUCCACUUCCCAUCUCCAACCUCAACCCCGAGGCGACUCCUCCAAGGUGACUGGAGACCGGAGACAUACAGAAAGGCAGUUCUGUCAACAGAGUAGCUCUUAGAUACAAAUAAUAAAUAGCUUUGACCACAUGUGUUUUGAAAGCUUUAAUAUUCCCUCACAGAAUGUUCAGCUAAAUUAUUUCUUCAUUCCAUCAUCAGUGGUGUUGUCAGUUGACAGAACCGGACUCUCUGUACGACUCUGGCUGUGUGUUUUAGCCAGGGGACCAUGUCACUGUCUGUUAGAGUAAAGCACCGAUGCAAAGAUUCUAUUACAGAGAUGGAUCUAUAUCUAACAUAUAAUAUUUAUCCCUGCUCUAACUGCCUAUUUUGGUUAAAAAAUAAAUAAAUAAAUAAAAGUCUUUAUUGAGAUUUACUGAAAUCCCUUUA